ACUGUGAAAUAUUUUAGUUUUCCAAUGGGAGUUACCGAACUCUCACGAGAGCAGUGACCCGGCAGAGAGAGACGCUAGCUUGCAGGGAUGAGCUCCACCACGGAAACAUCACUACAGUGAUUGUUACAAAGUUUUUUUAGUUGUUCAUUGAAAGUUCCCACAGUCAUCUGUUGUCUAAAACGGGCCUAAGUGUUAAUUUCCUUGUGGUUAACUUCUCAUUUUAAGUUUAUUUAUAUAAAAAAAAAAAGCUUGCUGUUAUUAGCAGAUGAGAAAAAAGUUAAUGCAGCAAUUCUCAGUGGUUAGAGUUGCAGGUCCAUUGCCUUGCAUUCAUGUGCAGCGUAUUUAUCCCUAUGUUACUAAUGCUUUGCAUUGAAUUGGAUGUUACUAAUGCUUUGCAUUGAUAUGGAGCCUCGUGUCAAACACAAACCUCCCAUUGUGGAGCACAGGAGCACUGACCCUAUGUACAGACACACUUUGGGGAGUGUUCCCUCUCCCCCUUCAUGUAUUCCUCCUCACAGGAAGCCUCCAGGAGCUAGGGGGUGGAGGGGCCCUACAGCUGCUGUAUUAACUAAUUCAGUGUCAGACCAUGCUCAGUGUGCAGCUGAGUAACCAGGAAACCUUAAUGAACUGUAAAUAGAUCUGGCAACUUUUCUGGAGCUAUGCAGUCACUGUGGAGGAGGUCUGUGCAGUAAUUAGAAUUCCCACUUGGGUCAGGCAUUUGCUUCCUUAAAGGCUUUUAGAUCAAGGCAUCAGCUUGAAGUCAGUUGGUGUAUUCCUAAAUCCACAAAAAUCUUGAAGUGUGAAGCCUAUGCCAUGCUGAAAAUUCUGACUUUGUUAAACUGAACCCCCCCCAAUAUCUUGUGACUGACUUCCCUUACAAAAUCCAAAGAUCUCUGCCACAGUGUCCUUUGCCGUCUCAGAAGGUGGAGGAGCCAGCACGUGUGCCCGCUCGCCUGCCCCACCGCGCCAUGAAGCUGCAAGCGGUGAUGGAGACCCUCCAGCGGCAGCAGCGGGCACGUUUGCAGCAGGAGCUGGAAGCCAGGCAACUUCAGCAGGACUCAUCUGAGGGCCGCACACCACCUUCAGCAGGAUACCCUGGUAAUGGAAGUGAUGAAGCAGAGCCAGAGGCCUUAAAAAUCCAACGGGCACAGGCAGCAGCUCUGGCUGCCAUGAGGGCUGCUGCUGCUGGACUCAGCCAACAGCCUAGUCCAGCUGCUUCUGAGGAGGAAGAUGGGGAAAGCAUGGCAUCUGACGAGGAGGAUGAAAAAGAAAGGGAUGGGGAAAGUGAACGGUACCAGGACAUGGCAUCAGAGGAGGAGGAUCUGAAGGGCAAAUGGGAUGAGGAUGAUUUUGAGGAUGAAGGAGAAGAUGAAUAUGAGGACAUGGAGGAAGGAAUUGGAGUGAAUGAGGCUGGCAGGGUGGGCAAGGGGUCAACACUGCCCCCCAAGCACUCUAGUCAACAGGCAUUUCCAUCCCAGCGUUCACAAGGAGCAGAGCGCGCAGGUCUUCCUCUAUCAGGACACCCUCAACUGCAAGAUCAUGGAGACUGGACAUAUGAAGAGCAGUUCAAGCAGCUCUAUGAACUGGAUGGUGACCCCAAAAGAAAAGAAUUUCUGGAUGAUCUGUUCAGCUUUAUGCAGAAAAGAGGAACCCCUGUGAAUCGGAUCCCAAUUAUGGCCAAGCAGGUCCUCGAUCUGUACAUGUUGUAUGUUCUGGUGACAGAAAAGGGAGGCUUGGUGGAAGUUAUUAACAAAAAGCUGUGGAGAGAAAUCACUAAAGGCUUGAACCUACCAACGUCAAUCACCAGUGCAGCCUUUACUCUGCGCACUCAGUAUAUGAAGUACUUGUAUCCCUAUGAAUGUGAGAAGAGAGGCCUUAGUAAUCCCAAUGAACUACAGGCAGCCAUUGAUAGUAACAGGAGGGAAGGGCGAAGACAAAGCUUUGGUGGCACCCUCUUCACAUAUUCCCCAAGUGGUGCCCCAAGCAUGCUUUCAUCCCCUAAAUUACAGGUGUCUGGUUUGUCGCUAGGGGGUGCUGCAUUAAAUGGGAGCACUCUGUCAUCCAUGCAGAAAAUCAAAAAAGAGGAGGAUUCCCCAAUCUCUUUGGCAAUGCCACCACGGAUUCCAGUCACCUUGGCUGGACAUUCUAUGGUAGCAGCACAAGUUGCUGCUCAGGCAGCUGCUCUGGAGCAACUUAGAGAAAAGCUUGAGUCUGGGGAGCCCCCAGAAAAGAAAAUGGCAUUGGGCUCAGAAGAGCAGCAGAGAAUUAUACAGCGAACCAUCCAGCACAAUCUCCUGGCAAUGACUGCACAGCUUCCCAUGAACAUUCGCAUCAACAGCCAAGCUGAAGGACGACAGGAUUCUGCAGUGAACCUCACAACCAACGGAACUAACAGUAUUAGCAUGUCUGUGGAGCUAAAUGGUAUUGUGUACACAGGUGUGCUCUUUGCUCAGCCUCCUACCUCAGCAUCUGGGACUAGCAAGGGGAGCUCCAACCGGACUGGCAGCAUUGGAGGAGGCAGCAGCAACUCGCAAGCUGCUCCCCCAUCAACCCCCUCGGCACCCAACUCUAAUAACCCCUCUCCCUGACAUUGAGCCGCCAAAUCUUCACACAGCUGACGCCAAAAAUUUUGGAAUUGUUCCUUGUUUCACACUCAGGUUUAUUACUCCGCGCAGGAGGGAGCUCACGGAACGCAGUGCUGGGGGUUUUUAAGCAGGGGGCAAGGUUGAGCCAGCGCAAAAUCAGUCAGAAAUCUCUUCCCUAAGUGAAAAAAACACAAAUACCUCAUUUCUUGCACUGCAAUCAAAAUAUAUUUUGUAUUACCUCCAAAACCACACUGCCUACCCUUUUAUCCCAAGCUGCGCUCCGGAAUCCACCCACAUUCAAUUAUCUUUUCUUUACCCUUUUAACUUUUAAUAUCUAAAUAGGAAAAACAAGGCUGGUAUGGAUUUUUGAUGUAAAUGCCUUUUAUUCUGAAAAUCAAAGAAAAACUUUAAAAAAAAAAAAAAAAAAAGAAUAUUUCUGUAAUCCCCACUUUGGACUUACAAGAGGCACUGAGUAUCAGCAAAGUGGGAUGUGCCUAUGACGUCCCCCCAAUGGACAUGUGAGUCCUGACAUUCCCACCCCUCCAUAGACUCUGGAAUGUUAUUAGGGGGCUGCUGGGAAUGUAGAUCACUGAAUGUGUUUUUAUUUUUUGUUCCUGUGGUUGUCAGAAGAUUUGGGUUUCAGGCAGCAUCUGAACCUUUAUAGCCUUCACCAUUCCGUUGAAUCCAACCUUUGCAAUAUUUAUACGGGUCAUAUCGUUUGGUUAAAAACCUGAAUACCUUGUCAAGUAGCGGGUUGUUCUGUGUUUCUGAUUUAGCUUUUUUUUCUGGAUUUGCAAUACUUAAUCUGAAAGUCAUCUGUAUUUAAGCCUUCUGCCUCAAGGUCAGCUUGGUAGUUUUUGCUACUUAGUCACUCUUAAAUGAUCCUUAAGAUGCAGGCCUUGAAGGAUGUUCAAAGCCUCCUCCUGUGGAGUGAUAUUUGCAAACAUGUCAGCCAUUUUGGUUUGAAAUUUCCCUGUUCUCCCCACUUCUUAGUCACUGAGGGCAUUGAGGAGACCUCUUGUGUUCUUCCCAUGAGAGACUGAUGUCCUACAGUAGGUGUCAAAUCUGACAGAAAGAAAGUUAUACAAUUUAUACAGCCCUAAUUUAAUUAUUCACCCCCCAUAAAAUAGGUCAUGGGUCAGUACUGCUUAAAAACAAGCUGUUAAAUUACAACUUGAACAAUAAAACAUGGACAUUUGGAAACAUUGUGGCAUGAGUAUCAAACAUGUAACCAUCUAUCUGCCAGAGGAUGCUGACAUUUGUACCAGCCUUUGUGACAGAGUUGCUAAAAGAUACAAAUAAAGGGAAAUGGCUCAAAACAAAAUAAUAACAUUUUUACUAUAAGGAGACACUAUACCACCCCCAAGAGCGAUGUAAUGCUUUCCAUCUAAGGGUGGCCUUGUGAUAUAGCUUUAGUUGAAAAUUGUGCACUUGUCUAAAAUGAUCUCCAAGACCUCUAGGCUGGCUGCUGCUUUUGCAUCAGUAGUCUCAUUUGAACUGCCACCCAACUGGUUGGCCAUUAAACAUAGAGCAUUCAUUUUGAAUUAAUUCAGCUGACCUCACACACUAGCACUGUUGUCUAGGAGGCACAUGAAUACAGAAUGGCUCAUUGACACAUUUAAUAAACUUACCUUGAGAUCUUGAUAGGCAGUUUAACUGUGGCAUAUUUUUCAAUUAGAAAUAUAAAACAAGGCAACCUUUUGUGCUUGGUAGUAAGCCAUGUUCUGUGGCUCUGUUACACCAGAGCACUGAAUUUCUUCCAGGGGUGAAAGUGUUUGUUUUUUGGGAUUUUUUGUAAAUGUGUCACACUUCGCUUUUAAUGUGCAAUACUUUUAUUGAGAGUUCAGCAAUGUUUUGAUAAAUUCAAUCACUGUGCCUACAAAGCAAAAUCAUGGACUUAUCUUAUGUAUAUAUAGUUCAUAAUGCAUUUAAACAUGGCAAAAAAAGCCACGAUUUUGAAGCAAUAAUAUCAGAGAACUGGCAAUUUUAGGCUGUAGCACACUGAAUGUUUUAAUCACAGUAAUGUGAAUUUCUGCAGUUCAGAUCGCCUUCUGCUGACUGCAAUGGGAAAUGAAGUAAGUAGCCCAUUGUCUACAAUAAUGGCUCAAAAAAGCGCCAGUGUGUGCAGGUAGGUGUGGGUCACUUAAGAAGCUGGACUAAAGAUGGAUACAUGAUUGCAUACUUUGUACAUACUUGAGGUAAUUCUAUAGAGCAACUUGUUUUUAAGCAUUACUAGCCCCUAUUAAGGACUAUCCAUAUCCUCCUCACCACGUGGGUCAAAAAAAAACUCAACAAAAACACUCAGAACAUAAAUUUGUCACAGAGGCCUUAUAUAGUCCCCGUCUGAGCAUAACUGCUGGAAGAGGUAUGACAGAGAACUAGUCUCCUGAUUGUGUGUACCUUAAUAAGGAGAGAGGGUGCAUUGUGUAGGGGCUCUAACGCUCAGGGUGUAUGCUGCCCUACUAUCUCUCAUGUUCUCGCUGCUUUUCUGUCCAUGCCCUAAAAAUAGGGUAUGGGAUAGUAAAAUUAAGAAGAAAUAUUCUCUAUAAUAUAUAAAUAUAUAUAUAUAUAUAUAAAAAUAUAAUAUAGUGUGUGUGUAUAUAAUGACUUGCUCUGCAUGGGUUUGCAGAGGGGCCAGAUUAUAACUCAGGGGAAUAGAUUUUGUCUGGCAUCACCUCAUACUGCAGGAAUGGGAUUGUCUGCUGCUUAAAUGGAUCUUUCGAAUCUGACAUUUGACAGAUUAGAUUUUAGCACAUCAUUGUUGUUUAAUUUCUUAAGAAGGACAAGGAGUAUGUAGUUCUUAGGAAAGGCAAGCUUCAGAACUUCAGCUCUGGUGGAACUAGAGUUUACCCAGCUUUCCAUUACUGGGGGUUCUGAAAAAGCUGGCAUGCCAAAGGUUGCCUAUGACUUGACUAGUAUAGAUAUUUUGGAAGGUUUCUGCUUGAAAGGGAAAUUUAAUCUCCAAAAGUAUAUAUCCCACAUAUGAAUAAAGAAAAACAGGCCUUCACUGCUGUAAAUGUAAUAAAGCUGGUACUGUAAAUAUGCUGGCUUGAAGAGAAGUGUGAUAUACUUAGAGCCUGAUACAAAGCGAUGGGCGGUUGUAAACAUUGUGUUUUUCAAAACAAUUUUUUAAACAUGACCCUUAAAGUUGUUACUUGUUUGUGCUACCUGUUCUGGAGGUAAGCCUGUGCUAAGAAUGCUUUUGCUAGAGUGAGUAGUCAUUUUUUAAACCAUAUGAGUUUCACUUCAGAGUUUGGUACCAACCUUGGGAUCUGUUGUGUAUUAGAACUCUGAGCAAAUCCUAUAUAUUUCAGUUUUAAAAUGUGGUCAAUUACAGCAUUAACCAAUGCACAUACAUGUCACAUUCAAUAACUCUCUUCCUGUCAGUGCCAACAUUGGUUCAAGUGGAUGUGAUUUUAUUUUUUUUGUACUGUAAAGGGCAAACUAUUCCAACUACUACUUAAUUGAAAAAUAAAUGUUAGACACCCUGCUCACAUUCAUAUGCAGGGCAUUUUGGGUCUGUGCUACAUGCAAACAUAUUAACCCCAAAUAUCAGUGGGUUCUAAUUCUGAAAAACCAUGUGUCUAUUAAAACCAUGUGUCUAUUAAUAGUGUGCCACUGUUUUGCAAUAAGUAUAAAAAGUAGCAAGCAGGAAUUUGCUGUAUGUAAUGGUAAAACCGCUAAAUGUGAAAAGGGCUUACUCAUAGGCUACAAAAUGUUGUAGAUAUUUUGUACUAGGGAUGCACCAAAUCCACUAUUUAGGAUUCGGCCGAACCCCCGAAUCCUUCCCUAAAGAUUUGGCCGAAUACCAAUCCGAAUCCUAAUUUGCAUAUGCAAAUUAGGGGUGGGAAGGGGAAAACAUUUUUUACUUCCUUGUUUUGUGACAAAAAGUCACGCGAUUUCCCUCCUGCCCCUAAUUAGCAUAUGCAAAUUCAGAUUUGGUUCGGCCGGGCAGAAGGAUUCAGCCGAAUCCUGCUGAAAAAGGCCGAAUCCCGAACCGAAUGCUGGAUUCGGUGCAUCCCUAUUUCGUACCUCUUGGGGGGAAAAAAUGCUUUGUUGGAAGGCUUAUAAGACAGUGGCACGCAUGCAUUUUCAAAAAUAUUUCUAAUUCAUUAGUGGCGCGUCUUUUUACAUGUUUAAAAAUACAAAGACCAAUGAAGACCUUUUAUAACUGCAAACUGCACAUUAUCGCUUUUAUUACAUUGUUUUAAUACUAGUUGUUUACUACAGACCAGUGGAAGACGUGCAGAGCAUUAAGUGGCUUAAGAGUGCACUACUUGCCUAGGCAGCUUCAGGGGGAGCAGACCAGCCCUUGCCACUUACUAUAGGGCAGCUGGUGAGCAAAGUCCUCUUGUGAACUGUACCCUAACUAAAGCAGGGCUGUACAGUAUAUUAAGUAAUAGCCUACGCAUACCUGCUUCUCAAAUUUCUGCGAAAGAGGAACACCGUGUGCAAAGUGUAGGAAACCGAUGCAUUGCACCAAGUUUUUGAACUUUGCAUACUGCCUUGGAGGUUAUUAAUGACCCCUUAUAGCUGCCCUUUGGAAUAUGUGUGAAGCACAGUAUCGUUGCAGAUUCAUGGCUUUGGCCCAAAGCCUUACAAUAAAUGUUGGCUUUCUUUAGAAUCCAAAAUAUUUAUAUACAUUAUAUUGCAUUCUUAAGUGCCUGUUCUUUAUGUAUAACUGCAUAUUUUGCAUUUCAUAUUGGUCAUUAACCACUGAAUUUAUUUCCAUAUGAAAACACUCCUGAAACCCCAAUAGGAGCUCUGGUUUGGAGGACUGUCCUUAUUAGGGGUUAUAUAAAUAAUAUGCUUAGCUGGUGCACUCUUAACAAUCCACAGCUGCCUGGGUGCUGGUCAACACAUUAGUAUGCAGUGAACAAACAAGCCACAGGCUCCUGAAGAUGGCCCCAGUUAAGGAGCCAGGACGUUGAGAAUAAAACGUUUCACACCAACAAUGUAAAAAGUUUAAAAUAUAGCAUUUAUUGUCCAUUAAAAAAUAAAUAUGCAGCUUAAAUCAAACACUCAUCUCUACGGAGGUGAUAGGACGCUUUGGGGCCAUCUGCGCCCCUUUUUUUUAAACCGCAAAAAAAGAUAUAAGCGUCUUUAAAUUCUUCGUGUCUGCAUAUAUAUAUAUAUAUAUAUAUAUAUAUCUGGUUAUGCAGUUUUGCAAGCUGCACAUGGCUGGUUUUUUUUCAUUACUUUAUUAUUGUCAUAAAUAACUCAGGUCCAGGCACAAACAUUCCUUUAUUGCCAAGAGCAUAAGCACCGAUUGUAAUCGUUCAUUUGGCAGUUCUAACCGUACAUAAGAAUAACAGUCAGAAGGGAAGGAAAGUGACAUGUGUGUUCAGUCAGCAGUUAAUGAGGCCACAAGUCAGGCGCCAAUCAGAAGGAACAUGCAAAACACACAUCUGCCUGAUUCACUCAUCCAAUGUGUUCCUUUAUGUCAAGUAAUCAAAUGCGUGAUAGCACUGACAGGAAGUGAGCUGCCCUGAGCUCAGUGAUUUCAUGAGGCUUUCUCAUUUCUUUAAUCCUAAUAAUUCUGGAAGGAUUUUCAUUGUUUGUCUUUUCAAGCAAUUGGUGUUGCUCUGUGUGUAGCCACUCAUUGCUCUGACACAAUCAAGUUAAACUGCCCUACAUAGAUUUAACUUAUUCUCUACACAUUAGUCUGCAGAAAGAAGGGGCAACUUUUUUUGUAACACUUUACAUUGGUUUCUAAUGUUUUUCCUGCAUUGUAAGCAUUAUUUCUCAUGUAGUACCAGUUGCUUUGCAUGAAUCGUGUUAUUGUUGCUCUGCAUGCCUUCUGCCAGGCAGCUGUGUUCAGUAUCCACUCAUUGUGAAUCUUGAUUCGCUUGUCGGUCGCUGUGAUUAAAGGGGCAAUAUAGAUCCCGUGUUCACUGUCAAUGAAUUAAGAUUUCCAUAUUUUAUUUCACGCGCCAAUCACUUCAGAGAUGUAACAUUGUACGUUUUAUACUUACCCCACCCUCCCUGUUUUUUAGAGCAAUUGUGGGGAGAGAAAAAGGCAGUUCAUCAAACAGAACUGACCUAAAAACCCAAGACUGGCAACAAUCAGCAGAGGGGUUAUUUUAUAUAGAGUUCAUUAUCUAUCAAGGUGCAGAUUCUAUGCUUUAUAAUGGAUAAAAAAAAAGGAUUUUUUUUUUUUAACAGAAGUAAUCGAUAAAAUGUUGACACAAUCUCUAUUUCUUGUGUUAAACAUAGGUGUAUAUUGCCCUUUUAAUGGCUAUGACAUUAGUGGCUAUGGUUACCAUGAUGCUUUGAAACAGAUGAAGCACUGGCUCAGGCCUACUGUAUGCUUUGUGUCCCAUAGUAAAGAUGUUUAACUGCUACACUAUUUGUGGUAUUUUAUCUGGAAAUGUUCAAAAGGCUAAAUCAUGGGGACUUGUGUACCCUAAGCCCUAUAACUGAGAGUAAUAGAAGAGACUGCAUUUAUUACCAUAACUUUUCCAAAAUACAUGUCUGUACAAUAAUAUGCUUUCUGUGCCAUAGCCUUAAUAUUACUAGUCAGGGCCGGAUUUACGUAGUGGGUGCCCCUAGGCCCACUUCCGUUUGUCGCCCCUGUCCCCUCCCCUUUAAUUGUGCAAAUUGUCAGUGGCGGAACUACCGGAGGAGCAGGGGAUGCGAACGGGCCAGGGCCCGCACCCCCUCAGGGCCCCCCGGCAGCGCCGCAUGCCACUGAAAUCCCUGAAAUUCAGGCCUUACCAAGGGGGGCGGGGGCCCGGCUGCGCGUCACGUACCAGGGCCCACCCCCCUCUAGUUACGGUACUGCAAAUUGUCAUCAUCUGGACUGGAGCAAUGGGGAUUGGCGCAUGGGAAUUUAAAAAACUGAUUGUAUCUCCAGCCCAUCCCCAGUGUUUUUGAACCAAUGUGGGUGUGGUUGGGCAGCAUGCCGCCCCCCUAAAAUCCUGCCGCCCUAGGUCCGGACCUAGGUGGCCUUUCCACAAAUCCGGGCCUGUUACUAGUACUCAUGAUGAACUGGUAUUCAGCAUCAAUUCAUAUUGCAAAGAACUAUUGACCAGUAAACUUGAUUUGUUGGACUAGGUUUAAACUUAGGACCCAUUUUCAAUUUCCAACUUUAGAAUUGCAGAAGGGAACUUCUGUUCUCUUAAAAGGACUGCAUUCUGCCUUCAUAGCGCCAUAGUUAGCCCACGGCUGUAUUUGUGAUGCUCACCAUGCCUUUCUACUGCAAUUCAGAGCUAAGCAGCAUUUUGUAUCCUGGCUAGGAAAACCUACAUUUUAUGUGCACAUCUCUUUCCUGUUUUCCCAGUUUGUAUUUUGUUUGUAUUUUUAGGGGCUAAAAGGGCUGAUUUCAUUAGUUUUAGUAAUGUUAUGUAAUUAUUUUGUUUGGGUGCGGGAGAAUUCUGCUGAAUUAAAUAAAAAGAAAAAUCCUAUGUAGGAGACUUUUCACCACCUCGACCUGUAGCCUUGUUAAUGUCAUACCCGGUUUAAUAGAAGUAGGGGAGAGGGGAAGGGGGUAUUCUCUUGUUCUGCAUACAUCAGGGCUAUAGAAUUUAGUGGUGAAGAAAACAAUAAACUGCAAAUCAUUUAGUUACCGCUUCUGCACGAGAAGGACCUGGAACACUUUGUACAGCAAUAUGUUGCAGCCCCUUCUGGAGCAGAAAGGGUUACACUCAGGAAUGUCAUAUCUCUACCUCAAAACUCUGUGUGGGUAUCAACACUCAUAAAGCUGGAAUUGUAUUUCACAGGUUUCUUUGUUUUGUUUUGUUUUUUCUUCAAAUCCUUCAGGUAUUAAAGCCUUGUGAUUAUAAAUAUAUUAUAAUGUUGUAAAAAAAAAAAUGAAAAAAACCCUGAAAGUUUACAUUUUAUAACAUUAUGCAGAUUGUAUUUAAACUUCAGAAUAUUUAAAGAGGCAAAAAAAAUGUAACUUUUGAGCUGGAUGGAAAUAUUAAACAAAUUUCUUUUAA